AUGGUAAGAGUGCGGACGCUGAAUUGUUCGCCGCAGAGCUAAUGCGACGUUCUCCCAGUCGACCACCCUCAAGUCCAUCAAGGCGCUCGCCCCACUCCUCGACCGCGUCCUCGUCCAGCGCGUAAAGGCCGAAGCAAAGACCGCCGGCGGUAUCUUCCUCCCAGAGACCGCGGUGAAGGAGCUCAACGAAGCAAAGGUGUUGGCUGUUGGCCCGGGAGCAGUGGACAGGGAUGGCAAGCGGAUACCAAUGGGUGUGCAGCAGGGCGACAAGGUCCUGAUUCCUCAGGUAAGAAACAAGAAACGGAGGGAACCAGAUGUGGGGAUCAGUGGAUUGUUAUUGAUUUGGGACAAUAGUUUGGUGGCAGCCCAAUCAAGGUUGGCGAUGAGGAGUUCUCCCUCUUCCGGGACCACGAGUAAGUCAAUGGCAACCAUACCAGGCAGGAACGAACACUGACAUGGUACAGCAUCCUGGCCAAGAUCAACGAAUGA